UACUGUAUUCUGUUUGCUUCAAACAGAUUCAACAACAGUGUAACAAAGCAAUGGCUUUCAAAGAAACUACUUUAACUCUGCUUCUGAUUUUUGUUCAAUGCAUUCCCUAUUCUGUAUCAAUAAAGGAAAUAAAUGAAUAUGAGCAAAGCGACGUUCAACUUCAUCUGCAAAACAUGAUUCUACUAAACAGUUUUGAUACUAUUGAGUGGAAAAAAGUAGAUACAAAUAAAAAAAUCUGUUUAAUGAAACAAAAAGAUUCAUGUGCAAAUGAUGAACGCAGAAGUCUCAGCAAAAAUGGAACUCUGACAUUGAAGCACGUGACAAAAGAUGAUGCAGGACUAUAUUCACUAGAACUCUUCAAAAAUGGAAAGAGUCUUAUUAAAGAGGAAACACAGCUAUACAUAAAGGUCUGGGCACCUAAAGUAAUGAUCAAAGAGAAUUGUACCAAUGGAAUUGUCCUUACUUGCAAUUUGGACAUAAAUUCUGAUAAGGCGUUUGAAUGGACAUUAAAUGACAAAUCUCUGAGUGACACCCAGGCACAAUUCAGUGGGAACAACAAAACAGUGACAUUGAAGAUGGCAUUUAAAACCACUGACAAGUUUAAGUGCAUUGCUAAACAUGCAAGUAUGGAAGUAACAAGUGGGCCUAAAACACUUACAUGUAAUGUUGAAACAGUCAUCGAUUGGUUCCUGAUUGGAGGCAUAGCCGGAGGAGGACUCGUGGUGCUGGUCUUGUUGUUUGUGGUAAUUUGCUGUAUCUGCCGGAAAAAAAGACAACGACAACAAAAUCUGGAUGAGGAGCUUCCAACUAUUCAGACUGAAGGAGAGCAAAGAUUGCAGCCACCCCCAAGGUCGCAUUCUCAGCCAAGGUCCCAAGCUCAGCCAAGGUCCCAAGCUCAGCCAAGAUCAGGGCCAAGAUCACAGCCAAGAUCCCAGCCUCCAGCAAAAUCCCAACUGCCUGGGCCUCGGUUUUUGAUGGAAUCUGAGGAGGAACAGCCACCACCCAGACCAAGACCAAGGCAAAAAGCUCCCGAUCCAAAUAUGCAAUAUUAAAAGGCAGAUUUGCUAUUAGGCGCUAAACAUGUAUGUAUGGAAAUUUAGGGUAUUAACAAACAUGCAAUUUUUAUUACAUGAAAUAACUUAACAAAGGAUUGUCCAUAUAUGACACAAAUUUGGUCCUACCUAAAUACAGUCGAUUUAUGUUCAGAUAACCCUUGAUGAUCAAGGCCGUAGCCAGCAAUGUAAAAUCACUGAGGCACUCUUGUAUAGUAAGUUACAGUGUCUAUUGGUGGCAAGCCCCCAAACCCCUACCUAAAAUGACACAAUAAUAUUCACAACCUGGCUCCUCUAAACUAUUAUUAAUUGUUCAAACUUGCAUAAACUGGGUUCAGUAAACUGCAGUUUACACAUCGUUUCCACUAGCGGUUUAGAAUUGGAAUAUUAAUAAGCUGGGUUCACUAAACUGAGGGCUACCAAGGGAAUUUAUUAUUCUGUAUCAUUAGGCUGAUAUAUACUUCUUUUUAAAUAACAUUAUUACUUUGCCUCACCUAGUAAAAAAGUCGGUAAUAAUCCUUGGAUGUUUUGAAGCCAGUUGAACACCUUUAACUAGCUGUGGUAGGCCAUACAGUGUCGCUGUAAUCUGCAGUGACAGUAAAGGAGCACAGAGGCUGUAGAUAUCAUUGAGACGUUUAAUGUAUGCACACAACAAGGGAUGAAAUGCAUUUUACUUUGCGUCAAAGCAACAUGUAAGAGAGCCUGAAUAAUUAAUUACUAGUAUGAUUUUAACUGAGGCUCGAGUCUCGGGUGCCUCAUAGCAUUGGUGAUAAUAAUAGUUUGCAUUGUUUAGUUAAAUCUAAUUGGCAAUACAGCCAGUUGACUGAGCAUCAUCUACCUGUUAUAGACCAGAUCUGAUGUAGCAAUGAGUUUGCCCUUCAUAUACAACAUAUAUUGCCAAAACUUGAUUAAAUCACAAUAUUAUAUAAACAAUUACUUUUUUUUUUAAUGAAUUUGCCUUUUCAUCUCAAUGUGGCUUUUGCACUUAAGCAUACAGCUUUUUAUAUAGUUUUAAAAUGCCAGCAGCAAAAUAAAUGUCAUUAAUACUGAUUGUUUGAGCUUGAACAAAAGAAAAAGUAUCAAUCCAUUUGGUUAAAAUCAGACAUGUUUCUCAUCAUCAGAUAUGUCAUCUUCCAGCGGUAAGUCA